AUGGAGACGCGGCCCGCCGCUGAGCUUGCCGCCCGCCCCAGGACCCACCGGGGCUGGGGUGGCCUCGGGCUCCGGCCGGCGCCCCCGCCGCCCGAGGGCUGCACGCGGCCCGCGGGCCUCGUCGCCCGCGCGGAUCGCCGCGGCCCGACCGUCCCGCCCCAGGCACUGGCCGUCCCGAGCGCCACGGCACACUCCCCGGUGCAGUCGGACCUGCCCGGCAUGCAGAACCUAAAAGCAGAUCCAGAAGAGCUUUUUACAAAACUGGAGAAAAUUGGAAAGGGCUCUUUUGGUGAGGUGUUCAAAGGCAUUGACAAUCGGACUCAGAAAGUGGUUGCCAUAAAAAUCAUUGGUCUGGAAGAAGCUGAAGAUGAGAUAGAGGACAUUCAACAAGAAAUCACAGUGCUGAGUCAGUGUGACAGUCCAUACGUAACCAAAUAUUAUGGAUCCUAUCUGAAGGAUACUAAAUUGUGGAUAAUAAUGGAAUAUCUUGGUGGAGGCUCUGCACUAGAUCUAUUAGAACCUGGCCCUUUAGAUGAAACUCAGAUUGCUACUAUAUUAAGAGAAAUACUGAAAGGACUAGAUUAUUUGCAUUCAGAGUAGAAAAUUCAUAGAGAUAUUAAAGCUGCCAACGUUUUGCUCUCGCAACAUGGAGAGGUGAAACUGGCCCAUUUUGGAGUGGCGGGCCAGCUGACAGAUACCCAGAUAAAGAACACCUUCGUGGGCACCCCUUUCUGGAUGGCCCCCGAAGUCAUUAAACAGUCCGCCUACGAGUCGAAGGCAGACAUCUGGUCCCUGGGCAUAACAGCUAUAGAACUUGCAAAAGGGGAGCCACCUCAUUCGGAGCUGCAUCCCAUGAAGGUUUUAUUCCUCAUUCCAAAGAACAACCCCCCGACGCUGGAAGGAAACUACAGCAAACCCCUCAAAGAGUUUGUGGAGGCCUGUUUGAAUAAGGAACCAAGCUUUAGACCCACUGCUAAGGAGUUACUGAAGCACAAGUUUAUAAUACGCAAUGCAAAGAAAACAUCCUACUUGACGGAGCUCAUCGACAGGUACAAGAGAUGGAAGGCCGAACAGAGCCGUGAAGACUCCAGCUCCGAAGACUCAGACACGGAAACGGACACGGACGGCCAAGCAUCCGGAGGCAGCGACUCGGGGGGCUGGAACUUCCCGGACUCAGAGAAGAAUUCCCUGAGUCUUGAGAAUGGAACUCUUCAGCCAUCGGAUUUAGAAAGAGAUAAGAAGAAAGACAUCCCAAAGAGGCCUUUCUCUCAGUGUUUAUCUACAAUUAUUUUUCCUCUCUUUGCAGAGUUGAAGGAGAAGAGCCAGGCGUGCGGAGGUAACAUGGGGUCCAUAGAAGAACUGCGAGGGGCCAUCUACCUGGCAGAAGAGGCGUGCCCUGGGAUCUCGGACACCAUGGUAGCCCAGCUCGUGCAGCGGCUCCAGAGAUACUCUCUAAGUGGUGGAGGAACUUUAUCCCACUGAAAUUCCUUUGUCAUUUGGGGUUUUGUUUUUCCUUUUUUCUUCUUCAUCCUCCUCUUUCUUAAAAGUCAACCAGAGCCUUUGCUGACUCCGCUGAAGAGGUGCGCCAUCGAGGGGCUAUCCUCCCCGUCACGGGUGC